ACCUGAGUUACAAAAGAGCUCCAGCCCCUCAUCCAUUCAGUCGUCUGACUCAAUGUUAAUUCUAGAAACUUAUUUUUUUUCACAAAAAGAAAAAGAAAAAAGAACAACACCGAAACCUCUUUAAGGAACUUUUGAGUAAGUCUCUUCUUCUCGGUAACAAAGUCUACUUGAGGUUGAAGAAGAAGCGCAUCACGGUCUUAUAAACUCCAAAACCUGAAAUCGGCAUCAAACUUCUCCUUCUCUCGUUCUGUUGCGAACCACUAUGCCGGGAGCUGUGGAUCGUAUGGAGCUGAGGAAAGUCGCCACAGAUGUUGACGAUGACAGCAAUGACAGCCUGGACUUCACAGAGCCCAUCGAUUCCGAGAAGGCCACCAUCGACAGUCAAUUCUUGGAUGAUAAUGAUGACGCAGAGAGCCAGAAGUUCCUGUCAAAUGGGAUGAUGAAGAAGAAGAAAUAUGAGGAAUACCAUGAAGAAUAUCAUCCCGGCCAUGCUUCAUUUGGGAUGUCUGUCUUCAACUUGAGUAACGCCAUCAUGGGCAGUGGCAUCCUUGGUCUGUCCUACGCCAUGGCAAACACUGGCAUUGUGCUCUUUACAAUCCUUCUCGUCGGUGUGGCUAUCCUCUCCUUGUAUUCUGUACAUCUGCUCCUUAUGACUGCGAAAGAAGGAGGAUCCCUCAUCUAUGAAAAGUUGGGGGAGAGAGCAUUUGGUUGGCCUGGGAAAAUGGCAGCAUUUGGAUCAAUAAUCAUGCAAAACAUCGGAGCCAUGUCCAGCUACCUCUUCAUUGUGAAAUACGAGCUGCCUGAAGUGAUUCGAGCCUUCUUGGGUUUAGAAGAAAUCUCUGGUGAAUGGUACAUGAACGGAAAUUACCUGGUGGUGUUUGUGUCAAUUGGAAUCAUUCUCCCUCUGUCGCUACUUAAAAAUCUAGGCUAUCUGGGCUACACCAGUGGUUUUUCCCUUUCCUGCAUGGUGUUCUUCCUGGGUGUGCUGAUCUACAAGAAGACCCAGCUGCCCUGCCCUCUUCCUUUCUUUUACCACCACUCGUCCAACCUCAGCAUGAAUGCUUCGGACAUGCCUGGGUUAUACUCGUUACACAACAACUCGGUGCAAAUGGACUUCUCCCGAGCUGACGUUUCCCCGGCGGCACUGGGCACACACGACGCCCAUCACUCCACUGGCGUCCACGUCGAGCCUCACCCCGACGAUGAGGAGAUGUGCACACCAAAAUACUUUAUCUUCAACUCACAGACGGCUUACACUGUGCCCAUCCUGGCCUUUGCCUUUGUCUGCCAUCCUGAGGUGCUGCCAAUCUACAGUGAGCUAAAAGAUCGCAGCCGGAAAAAGAUGCAGAACGUCUCCAACCUGUCCAUCUUGGCUAUGCUCAUUAUGUACAUGCUGUCGGCUUUGUUUGGCUACCUCACCUUUUAUGAUAACGUGGAGGCAGAGUUGCUCCACACCUUCACCAAGGUCUACAAGUUCGACACUAUGUUGCUAUUGGUGCGUUUGGCUGUUCUCACCGCCGUCACACUGACUGUCCCCAUCGUGCUGUUCCCUAUCCGCUCCUCCAUCACCACGUUGCUGUUCAGCAAGCGAGAGUUCAGCUGGGUUCGCCACAUGCUGAUCGCCGCCUGCAUCUUGGCCUUCAACAACAUGCUGGUCAUCUUCGUCCCCACCAUCAGAGACAUCUUCGGCUUCAUCGGUUCCUCUGCAGCCACCAUGCUCAUCUUCAUCCUACCCGCUGCUUUUUACCUCCGCCUGGUUAAGUCGGUGCCGUUCCGCUCCCCGCAAAAGAUUGGGGCGGCCGUCUUCCUGGUCGUGGGAAUCAUCUUCAUGAUUGGCAGCUUGUCACUCAUCGUCCUCGAUUGGAUUCACAACCCACCAGGCUCCGGCGAUGGUCACUAAGCCCCUCUCCCCCCCCCCCCAUCCUCAGAUUCACAAUUAAGAGUGCAGCAAACCUUACCCUCAACCCCCACCUCCCAAAUACCCCACAUGUCUCUAGUUUGCCUCAGAUGGUCCAACAUCUGGGAGCGGGGUUCACAAAUGGUUCCCUUCUCUUCAUCAUAUCACACAACCUCAACAUACUGUAUCGACAUGAUGUGCUGCACCGGGUUAAGACAUCUUCAGUUUUCCCUCAGAAAAUAUAACUGGAGGGGAACUAUUUAGCUCGGUUUUUAUUUUUAUUUUUCGUCUUUUUCGGUUUUUAUUUGUUGCUGUAAAGUUCUGGAUGUGACACAACCCAAACAAGAGAAUCAAAACCUGCAGAGGAGGAAACAGACUCUCGUUUAACAUGUCACCUAGACAGCCUGAAAUCAUCAUCAUCAUCAUCAUCAUCAUCAUCAUCAUCAUCAUCAUCAUGGACAUCAUCUUUAUUAUUCCAGUAAUAAAGAGACAAACCAACACAUACUGUGCAGCCCUCACCUGAAGCAGAUCUGUGAACUGCCAUUUGCUGCUGGAAAGACGAUACGAGUCCCUCAGUCCUCGGUGCACUCAAAGAAGACAUUUGGAGGUGGAAUCCGUCGUCCUCCAUGAAACAAGGAGCACUUCUAGCAUUACAUUUACAAGUGUGCAGGAUGAGCACACACACACACACACACACACACACACACACACAUAUAUAUAUAAACAUAUUAAAAACACAUCAGCAUCCCAUGAAAAAUUCCUGAAAUGAAUCUCAGCCUCAUCUCAAAGUGACGAUCAGUAACUUUAUUCAAUCAUGUAGAGAGAAAAUUUGGCUUAAUUUGCUGCUCUGCUACAUAUUAACAAUCAUAAGCUUUGCCAAAGUCUGCAAGCACAUACAGUUUUAGUCGAUCGAGUUCAUGCUAGAGCUUCCCAGCUCUACAUUAUUAAGGAUCUUCCUCACUGGCCAAAAGCUGUUUUCAUCCUGGCUGUGUGCACAAAGCAUGCAAGGAGGAGGUGCUUUCAGUAUUACUGUCACAGAAGGAUCUGAACAUGCAAGGUAUGAAUGUACAUAAUUAAGUGUCUUUACUGAAAAAAAUUAGUAUUGUACAUAAUAUCUUACUUGGCCUCAGGCUCUUUGCCAUUCAGGUUGUUUGAAGUUACAAACUCAUUUCCAACACACAGUAUGUACACUUGCUGGAAUAAUUUAUUAGGCACUUAAUGUAGGGCUGGACAGCUAAUUAGAAAUGAUAUGUUAUUAUUUUUAUAAAUAAAAAACAAACGUAUUAAACAAUACAAUUGAAGGAGGGCACAUAUCCCAGCUAAGACAAUUUAAAAAAUGAAUUAAAUUCAAAAUAAUAGAACCAAACAUGAAAUGUCAAAUAUCCGUAUGCACUGAAUGUACAUUCAAGAUGCAAAGAUGCAAAGUAACAUAAUUCAACUUGUGCCAUAUCCUCAUUAAGGUUGAAUGAAAACUUCGUAUCUCAAAAUGUCAUUCAAAUGUAAUUAAUGAGAGGCCUUAUGUUUAAUGUAAUUAUGUACUAUUUAGCUUAAAGGAAUAUGCUUGUUCACUUUCUUGGCAAGAGUUAAAUAAGACUAACACCACUCUUGUAUCUGUAUGCUAAAUAUGUAGCCACCACCAACAGGUGGUUAGCUUAGCCAAAAGACUGGAAGCAGGGGUUAACAGUUAGCUUACUCAUAAAACCACAACUUCUUGGUUUGACAGACUACACAUUCAAGAUACAACAUGUUAAUUAGUGAGCUUUAGAGGAGCUAGUUGGCAGAUAUUAACUUUUGGACAGAGCCAGGCUAACUGUUUCCUCCUGCUUAUAGUUUGUCAAGCUAACUGGUAGUAUCUUCAUAUUUAGAAUACGGAUAUGAUAGUGUCCCAAAAUGUCCAAGUAUUCCUUUAAAGAGUGAUGGUUCAGAAGAAGCUGGAUAGUAAACAGUAUCACACACAACUAGCUACAGUAUUUACAAGGGUGUGACCCAUGUUUAAAGUGCGAGAGCAAAGUUAAAUAGUGAUGUCAAAAAUGUAUCUAAUGCGGUAUUUAAUUUCUGCCAUUAAAUAGUCAAAGUGAUUAGGUUAGACAUCCCUUUGUUUUACUGUGUUAUGAAGCUAGCCAUGUGUGUCACUCAAUCUGAUUAUGUUGAAAAGAUCAUUGUUCAGUCAAUAAUCGUAGUAGCUUGAUUAUCAGAUAAUUGUAAAAUUUUAAAAUCAUUGGACACAUCUAAAGAUUUAGUGAUGCUUCUAUUUAAAUAUACACAUUUUAAUGUUCCUUAUCCUUUUACAUUGUGCCUUUUGGAUUUUCCUCAUAUAAAUUGGCUUCUCUUGCUGGUGCCUUUGGUGGAAUCAUCAAUGGCAACAUAAAAAAAACCCAUAUACGUCUCAUUUCACCUCUUCUCCAAUGUCACUGCGUGUCAUGAACACAUCCAGCCAAAGUGGACAACAUUUAUAGAUCCUUUGUGGAUCUAUGUACAUGAAGAAAAUAGAUAUUUCAAAUGAAAUAGUGUAUUAUGUGCAUGUUUUUGGAUUACAAAAAUGGUCUUUUUGGACAAUUGUAUAUGCUCUGUAAAUAAUCUUUAUUUUAUGGUACACUGACACUCAUUGUCUGUGAGUGGGUUGUUGGGGGAUUCUGCCUUACAAGUCUUCUGCAAUCCAUUUGUCUGUUUUAGUAUAUAUAUAAAUAUAUAUAACAUGUAUUAGAUCUUUUUUUUUCUUGCUUAUGACAGUAGGGUUUUUUUUUCCUUUUAUUGACGCUUGUAUAUUUGUAGAAACUUUGGUCUCUAUAUAUCCAUUUUCAUGUUUUAAUGUUAACUUGUCAUGUCAGGAUGAAUUACUUAAUGGCCUACUUCAAAAACAUAUUUUUUUUCCAUAAAUUUCAGAAAUAAGACAUGUUUCUGUAGCAUAUUGGCUCCUGCUGACCAACACUGGGUUGACAUUAAGGCCACAAGUAAGCAGUAUUGAUGUACAAUCUGUUUUGUUUUUUUAAACUUCUUUACAGAAGACAAAGUCAUCCGAUGUAUUUCAUAAGCACACUACAGGAAGGUGCUUACAGGACACAACAUCUGAUAAAUUUGUUAUAAGAGCUCAUUGCUCUUACUCUACUAUUUAUCAUAUGGCACGUAUGCUAACGUGUAGCUGUAUACCUUCAGUGAAAUAUUAACACAGCAUAAUAAAAUGCACAAGAACCAUCCAUGUUUACUGGUUCUAAAGCUCUAACUGGACAAUUACAGUUCUUACCUUACUGUGGCUACUCAUGUAUAUCACUGCUGUCGUAGAAAAACCUUUUCAAACAGUUUUGGUGAGGUUUUACUUCCAUGAUGUUACUUGAACUGAAGCUUUCCACAGGCCUUGUAAAGUCAGCAAGCUUCAUGACUGGAAGGUCCACGUGGUCCAUUCAGUACUCACUAUGAAUGUUCAAAAAUGGAUUGUUCUCAGUUUGAAUAUCCGGCUCACUCACCUCUAAAUUCAUUUUGUACGAAUGUUUGGCUCCAACUUGGUUAGCCUGCUGCCACCAGUGGCUUAUUCUGCUCAUCGGCAGUCCAUGGAGGAGCUUUGUCUCUUCCCCAAGUUGGGUUUUAAUCUUUUUAAAGGCUCAUCUUUCAAAGAAAGUCUCCCAACACCACACCUCGACCCUUGUUAGUAUCUCAGGUAUUUGGUCAGGCAGAAUUUCUCUUCUCACUUUAAGAUAACUUCUUUAAAUACCUUCACUUCUUUUGCAUGAUUGAGCCAAGCUGUACAAUACUGUCUUAUACUAUUCUGGCUAGCAGUCAUUUUGUGGACUUGUAAGAGUAGAGCAGUCCCCAGCCAAUGUUGACAGUGUCUGGAAAGGAGCUGUACACAAUCACCUGCCUUAUUUUUCUAUGGACCCUCAGCCACGAAGAAGCACUGGCUCAAAGUUUCUGCUGUUCACAGUGUUUCCUCUUCCUGUGGAUCAGGCUGAACAUACAGAUUUGUAAUUUUACCCAAACAAAGGGGAUGUUUUUGUAUCAGUGAAGCUGUUUCAUUAUGAUGAACAAUAAAAAUGUGAAAUGAAAAA